CUCUACUCAGCCCAGUGGAGCAACUACACACACAAAAAAAGAGCUUCAGAUCAACCCAGAACAGAGGAGGGAGGGCAGGAGGAGGGGAAGAAAACGCCCUGGAAAUCUGGUUGACCAAGAAAUAGGAAAAGAGUGACAGACUCCUACCAGACUGAAAAGUUGUGGCAGAGUUGAAGAGCUCUUCUUGGGCUGGGGAGAAGCCACGAUUUCCAGGAUGCUCAAGCUGCUGUAAGGCUACACGGGCGCAAGGAUUGCGUACAGAGAAAACCAAGAAGAAAAGCAAAAAUUGAAGCCCUUGGCUUUGCUUGAGCAAUCCAAGGAUACAAUAUAGGCUUUUCAACUACUGCAAAGCUGCAAUAAAGGAAAAAAAAAAUCAAGAUGGCUGAUGAAGACAUGACCAGGGAGGUGCUCUUCCCUGACUGGGAGAGUCCAGACAAAACCGGCUUGACCAUUGAACAUGCAAGUACAGGAGAAAUGUUUGUCAAGGAGGUGAAAGGGGAGUCUCCUGCAGCAAGAUCAGGAAAAGUAUAUGAAGGUGACCAAAUUGUAGGUGCCACCAUCUACUUUGAUAAAAUGAAACCAGAAGACACAGCAGAGGUAAUGAAAGUGCUGGCUCGACACAAGGUUGGACUGAAACUGCAAAAUAAAGCAGACAAAUCACCAUGGAACUCACCCUUGAGCACCCCAUGUCGUUCACCAAUUGGAACACUUACAUGGGAAGGGAGGACAAGCUUUGGAGGUUCUAGUCCAGAUAUAGUUCUUAGUGGAGAUGAUGAGGACUACAGGAGAAUAUACACAAAAAAGAUUAAACCAAGGCUGAAGUCUGAAGACCUUGCAGAAGGAGUUGACGUCCGCACAGAACGACAUAGCAGCACAAGUAACGAUGGGAGUACAAUUACCACCAUUACUCGUCGUAUCACUACUUACAUGGUAGAUUUACCAGGUGAUAGUGAGAAACUCGAACUUUCAAGCCCAGAGCAGAAAGGGCUACGACUUGAGUCUGGAGAUUCCUCCCCAGCUAUCACAAUCUUUCGUGGCAACCUCUCAGGUAAAGUAGGAGCAGAAGAGGGAGUAUUUGAUUCAAGUGACUUGAGUUACACUGGUCCACAAGGUCUGACUGCAGAAAAGCAAUGGUGUGCAGGGAAAGUUGAAACACGAACCAUUAUAAGAGAGGGAAAAGAGAAAUGUUCAGAUCUCCAAUAUAAAGGAUCUGCAUUUAGAGUUACUGACAGUGAAGGGGCUGAAAUCUUAAAAGAGAGUGCAGAACAAGAGGGUGAAAGCAUUUUGACUUCAAAAACAAGCACAGCACUAUCAGACAGUACAAAGACUGCUGAUAGUCGUGUGACAAUAGGAGGGUCAGAAGCAGCAAAAAUAACCUCAGCUGACAAAAACGGAGAAUCAGGUAAUUGGCCCGUACCAGAAAAAGACAUGCAGAUUGGGAUCUCAGUUAAAGGAAAAACAAAUAUGGGAGGUUUUAAAGCCAAUUUUGAUGAUAAAACAAAAGUAAGCACAUCUGAAAAUGUUAUCAGUCACCUAGAGAAAAAGGGAGCAGGCUUAACUGAUAGUGGUUCAUCUGGAGAUAGCACUGAAGUCAGAUUGCCAAUCACCUUUGGUAAUGUUAUUAAUGUUCCAAAUACAGACACUGACAUCCCUAGAUUUAAAAUUCCAUCAUUUGGCUCAAAUUGCCAAAAAGUAGAAGAAAAAGAAGCCCAUGUUAAAAUUCCUACAGAAAACAUUAAUGUAAAAAAAGCAGAAGUUGACAUAAAUAAACCUGAUUUUGAAAGAGACAUUGAAAACACACACAAAAAAGGAAAUGACUUCAACAUACCAAUUGGUUCAGGAAAACCAACACAGGCAAAAGUUGAUAAGGAUUUAGAUGUCAUAGUCUCAAAAGGUAAAGAAGAUGUUAAUACAUCUACUAAAGACAGAGAAGUAACAAAUAAACAAACCAAAGAACCGAAAGACAGUUUUAAUAUUCCUAAGUUUAAAAUCCAAUCAUUUAGCAAAAAAUUCCCAGGUGAUGACAAACUAAAUGUUGAAGUGUCCCUUCAAGAAGAAAACAUAAACAGAGCAGCACAGAACAUUGAAAGUAUUGGGGGAGGUGUUUAUGUUGAAACACCAGAAAACAAGAUUCCAAACAUAGACUACAAUACAAAAGGCAAAAUGUUCAAAAAGGGAGAAAAUACGAUGUCCACAAAACGAUUAUCCUCUGAAAUGACAGAGGGAGACAUAAAAGCCCCAGUCCUUGAUAUCAAAGCUCCUGAAGAAGUUUUUCAAGGGACAAAGAUUGGCGUUCAAAUAACUAAUGUAAAAAAGCACACAGUCGAAAACAAAGAUCCAAACCUUAAAAAGCCGGACGUUGACAUUAAACUGAAAAGUCCAAAAGUUGAAGGGGAUUUAGAUAUUAAAACUCCAAAGACUGAAGGAGACAUAACAGCACCUGAUGUGGACAUUAGUGGAGUUGAGGUGGACAUUGAAGGCCUAAAAGGUGGUUUGAAAAUGCCAAAAUUCAAAAUGCCCACUUUUGGCAGUAAAGGUCACACCUUGGAAGGCCCAGAUGUUGAUGUUAAUCUGCCCUCUACAGACAUUGAAGUAAAAGCACCAGAUGUUGACAUCAAUGCACCAGACGUUGACAUUAAAGGUCCAGAUGGAAAAUUCAAAGGACCUAAGUUUAACAUGCCAAAAAUGCCAGGACUAAAUGUCUCCAUGCCAGAUGUGGAUUUCAACUUGAAAGGUCCAAAGCUCAAAGGAGACAUAGAUGCAUCCUUGCCAAAGAUUGAGGGAGAGAUCAAAACCCCUGACCUUGAUGUCAAAGGUCCAGAAGUGGACAUUGACGUGACAAAGCCUGGAUUUGAAAUGCCGAAAGUAAAAAUGCCAUCACUUAACAUCAGAGGGCCAAAAAUGGAAAAGCCAGACGUUGACAUUAAAUUAAAGGGUCAAAAUCUUAGCGGAGAUUUGGAUGUUAAAGCUCCAAAGAUUGAAGGAGACAUAACAGCACCUGAUGUGGACAUUGAUGGGGCUGAGCUGGACAUUGAAGGGCUAAAGGGAGAUUUUAAAAGGCCAAAGUUCAAAAUGCCCACUUUUGGCAGUAAAGGUCACAAAUUGGAAGGCCCAGAUGUUGAAGUUAACCUGCCCUCUACAGACAUUGAAGUAAAAGCACCAGAUGUUGACAUCAAUGUGCCAGACGUUGACAUUAAAGGUGCUGAUGGAAAAUUCAAAGGACCUAAGUUUAACAUGCCAACAAUGCCAGGACUAAAUGUCUCCAUGCCAGAUGUGGAUUUCAACUUGAAAGGUCCAAAGCUCAAAGGAGACAUAGAUGCAUCCUUGCCAAAGAUUGAGGGAGAGGUCAAAACCCCAGACCUUGAUGUCAAAGGUCCAGAAGUGGACAUUGACGUGACAAAGCCUGGAUUUGAAAUGCCUAAAGUAAAAAUGCCAUCACUUAACAUCAAAGGGCCAAAAAUGGAAAAGCCAGACGUUGACAUUAAACUAAAAGGUCCAAAACUUGGAGGAGAUUUGGAUGUUAAAGCUCCAAAGAUCAAAGGAGACAUAACAGCACCUGAUGUGGACAUUGGCGGGGCUGAGCUGGACAUUGAAGGGCCAAAGGGAGGUUUUAAAAUGCCAAAAUUCAAAAUGCCCACUUUUGGCAGUAAAGGUCACAAAUUGGAAGGCCCAGAUGUUGAUGUUAACCUGCCCUCUACAGACAUUGAAGUAAAAGCACCAGAUGUUGACAUCAAUGCGCCAGACGUUGACAUUAAAGGUCCAGAUGCAAAAUUCAAAGGACCUAAAUUUAACAUGCCAAAAAUGCCAGGACUAAAUGUCUCCAUGCCAGAUGUGGAUUUCAACUUGAAAGGUCCAAAGCUCAAAGGAGACAUAGAUGCAUCCUUGCCAAAGAUUGAGGGAGAGGUCAAAACCCCAGACCUUGAUGUCAAAGGUCCAGAAGUGGACAUUGACGUGACAAAGCCUGGAUUUGAAAUGCCUAAAGUAAAAAUGCCAUCACUUAACAUCAAAGGGCCAAAAAUGGAAAAGCCAGACGUUGACAUUAAACUAAAAGGUCCAAAACUUGGAGGAGAUUUGGAUGUUAAAGCUCCAAAGAUCAAAGGAGACAUAACAGCACCUGAUGUGGACAUUGGCGGGGCUGAGCUGGACAUUGAAGGGCCAAAGGGAGGUUUUAAAAUGCCAAAAUUCAAAAUGCCCACUUUUGGCAGUAAAGGUCACAAAUUGGAAGGCCCAGAUGUUGAUGUUAACCUGCCCUCUACAGACAUUGAAGUAAAAGCACCAGAUGUUGACAUCAAUGCGCCAGACGUUGACAUUAAAGGUCCAGAUGCAAAAUUCAAAGGACCUAAAUUUAACAUGCCAAAAAUGCCAGGACUAAAUGUCUCCAUGCCAGAUGUGGAUUUCAACUUGAAAGGUCCAAAGCUCAAAGGAGACAUAGAUGCAUCCUUGCCAAAGAUUGAGGGAGAGGUCAAAACCCCAGACCUUGAUGUCAAAGGUCCAGAAGUGGACAUUGACGUGACAAAGCCUGGAUUUGAAAUGCCUAAAGUAAAAAUGCCAUCACUUAACAUCAAAGGGCCAAAAAUGGAAAAGCCAGACGUUGACAUUAAACUAAAAGGUCCAAAACUUGGAGGAGAUUUGGAUGUUAAAGCUCCAAAGAUCAAAGGAGACAUAACAGCACCUGAUGUGGACAUUGGCGGGGCUGAGCUGGACAUUGAAGGGCCAAAGGGAGGUUUUAAAAUGCCAAAAUUCAAAAUGCCCACUUUUGGCAGUAAAGGUCACAAAUUGGAAGGCCCAGAUGUUGAUGUUAACCUGCCCUCUACAGACAUUGAAGUAAAAGCACCAGAUGUUGACAUCAAUGCGCCAGACGUUGACAUUAAAGGUCCAGAUGCAAAAUUCAAAGGACCUAAAUUUAACAUGCCAAAAAUGCCAGGACUAAAUGUCUCCAUGCCAGAUGUGGAUUUCAACUUGAAAGGUCCAAAGCUCAAAGGAGACAUAGAUGCAUCCUUGCCAAAGAUUGAGGGAGAGGUCAAAACCCCAGACCUUGAUGUCAAAGGUCCAGAAGUGGACAUUGACGUGACAAAGCCUGGAUUUGAAAUGCCUAAAGUAAAAAUGCCAUCACUUAACAUCAAAGGGCCAAAAAUGGAAAAGCCAGACGUUGACAUUAAACUAAAAGGUCCAAAACUUGGAGGAGAUUUGGAUGUUAAAGCUCCAAAGAUCAAAGGAGACAUAACAGCACCUGAUGUGGACAUUGGCGGGGCUGAGCUGGACAUUGAAGGGCCAAAGGGAGGUUUUAAAAUGCCAAAAUUCAAAAUGCCCACUUUUGGCAGUAAAGGUCACAAAUUGGAAGGCCCAGAUGUUGAUGUUAACCUGCCCUCUACAGACAUUGAAGUAAAAGCACCAGAUGUUGACAUCAAUGCGCCAGACGUUGACAUUAAAGGUCCAGAUGCAAAAUUCAAAGGACCUAAAUUUAACAUGCCAAAAAUGCCAGGACUAAAUGUCUCCAUGCCAGAUGUGGAUUUCAACUUGAAAGGUCCAAAGCUCAAAGGAGACAUAGAUGCAUCCUUGCCAAAGAUUGAGGGAGAGGUCAAAACCCCAGACCUUGAUGUCAAAGGUCCAGAAGUGGACAUUGACGUGACAAAGCCUGGAUUUGAAAUGCCUAAAGUAAAAAUGCCAUCACUUAACAUCAAAGGGCCAAAAAUGGAAAAGCCAGACGUUGACAUUAAACUAAAAGGUCCAAAACUUGGAGGAGAUUUGGAUGUUAAAGCUCCAAAGAUCAAAGGAGACAUAACAGCACCUGAUGUGGACAUUGGCGGGGCUGAGCUGGACAUUGAAGGGCCAAAGGGAGGUUUUAAAAUGCCAAAAUUCAAAAUGCCCACUUUUGGCAGUAAAGGUCACAAAUUGGAAGGCCCAGAUGUUGAUGUUAACCUGCCCUCUACAGACAUUGAAGUAAAAGCACCAGAUGUUGACAUCAAUGCGCCAGACGUUGACAUUAAAGGUCCAGAUGCAAAAUUCAAAGGACCUAAAUUUAACAUGCCAAAAAUGCCAGGACUAAAUGUCUCCAUGCCAGAUGUGGAUUUCAACUUGAAAGGUCCAAAGCUCAAAGGAGACAUAGAUGCAUCCUUGCCAAAGAUUGAGGGAGAGGUCAAAACCCCAGACCUUGAUGUCAAAGGUCCAGAAGUGGACAUUGACGUGACAAAGCCUGGAUUUGAAAUGCCUAAAGUAAAAAUGCCAUCACUUAACAUCAAAGGGCCAAAAAUGGAAAAGCCAGACGUUGACAUUAAACUAAAAGGUCCAAAACUUGGAGGAGAUUUGGAUGUUAAAGCUCCAAAGAUCAAAGGAGACAUAACAGCACCUGAUGUGGACAUUGGCGGGGCUGAGCUGGACAUUGAAGGGCCAAAGGGAGGUUUUAAAAUGCCAAAAUUCAAAAUGCCCACUUUUGGCAGUAAAGGUCACAAAUUGGAAGGCCCAGAUGUUGAUGUUAACCUGCCCUCUACAGACAUUGAAGUAAAAGCACCAGAUGUUGACAUCAAUGCGCCAGACGUUGACAUUAAAGGUCCAGAUGCAAAAUUCAAAGGACCUAAAUUUAACAUGCCAAAAAUGCCAGGACUAAAUGUCUCCAUGCCAGAUGUGGAUUUCAACUUGAAAGGUCCAAAGCUCAAAGGAGACAUAGAUGCAUCCUUGCCAAAGAUUGAGGGAGAGGUCAAAACCCCAGACCUUGAUGUCAAAGGUCCAGAAGUGGACAUUGACGUGACAAAGCCUGGAUUUGAAAUGCCUAAAGUAAAAAUGCCAUCACUUAACAUCAAAGGGCCAAAAAUGGAAAAGCCAGACGUUGACAUUAAACUAAAAGGUCCAAAACUUGGAGGAGAUUUGGAUGUUAAAGCUCCAAAGAUCAAAGGAGACAUAACAGCACCUGAUGUGGACAUUGGCGGGGCUGAGCUGGACAUUGAAGGGCCAAAGGGAGGUUUUAAAAUGCCAAAAUUCAAAAUGCCCACUUUUGGCAGUAAAGGUCACAAAUUGGAAGGCCCAGAUGUUGAUGUUAACCUGCCCUCUACAGACAUUGAAGUAAAAGCACCAGAUGUUGACAUCAAUGCGCCAGACGUUGACAUUAAAGGUCCAGAUGCAAAAUUCAAAGGACCUAAAUUUAACAUGCCAAAAAUGCCAGGACUAAAUGUCUCCAUGCCAGAUGUGGAUUUCAACUUGAAAGGUCCAAAGCUCAAAGGAGACAUAGAUGCAUCCUUGCCAAAGAUUGAGGGAGAGGUCAAAACCCCAGACCUUGAUGUCAAAGGUCCAGAAGUGGACAUUGACGUGACAAAGCCUGGAUUUGAAAUGCCUAAAGUAAAAAUGCCAUCACUUAACAUCAAAGGGCCAAAAAUGGAAAAGCCAGACGUUGACAUUAAACUAAAAGGUCCAAAACUUGGAGGAGAUUUGGAUGUUAAAGCUCCAAAGAUCAAAGGAGACAUAACAGCACCUGAUGUGGACAUUGGCGGAGCUGAGCUGGACAUUGAAGGGCCAAAGGGAGGUUUUAAAAUGCCAAAAUUCAAAAUGCCCACUUUUGGCAGUAAAGGUCCCACCUUGGAAGGCCUAGAUGUUGAUGUUAAUCUGCCCUCUACAGACAUUGAAGUAAAAGCACCAGAUGUUGACAUCAAUGCACCAGACGUUGACAUCAAAGGUCCAGAUGCAAAAUUCAAAGGACCUAAGUUUAACAUGCCAAAAAUGGCAGGACUAAAUGUCUCCAUGCCAGAUGUGGAUUUCAACUUGAAAGGUCCAAAGCUCAAAGGAGACAUAGAUGCAUCCUUGCCAAAGAUUGAGGGAGAGGUCAAAACCCCAGACCUUGAUGUCAAAGGUCCAGAAGUGGACAUUGACGUGACAAAGCCUGGAUUUGAAAUGCCGAAAGUAAAAAUGCCAUCACUUAACAUCAAAGGGUCAAAAAGGGAAAAGUCCGACGUUGAUAUUAAACUAAAAGGUCCAAAACUUGGCGGAGAUUUGGAUGUUAAAGCCCCAAAAAUUAAAGGAGAAGUAAAAACUACUGAUUUAAAAAGUGGUGGAGCUGAGUUUGAUAUUGAAGGUCCAAAAAGAGGUUUUAAAAUGCCAAAAUUCAAAAUGCCCAGUUUUGGCAGCAAAAGUCACAGAUUGGAAAAGUCAACUACUGGUGUUAACCUGCCCUCUACAGACAUUGAAGUGAAAUCACCAGAUGUUGACAUCACUCCUCCAGACAUUGACAUUAAAGGUCCAGAUGCAAAAUUCAAAGGACCUAAAUUUAACAUGCCAAAAAUGUCAGGACUAAAUGUCUCCAUGCCAGAUGUGGAUUUCAACUUGAAAGGUCCAAAGCUCAAAGGAGACAUAGACACAACCUUGCCAAAGAUUGAGGGAGAGGUCAAAACCCCAGACCUUGAUGUCAAAGGUCCAGAAGUGGACAUUGACGUGACAAAGCCUGGAUUUGAAAUGCCUAAAGUAAAAAUGCCAUCACUUAACAUCAAAGGGCCAAAAAUGGAAAAGCCAGACGUUGACAUUAAACUAAAAGGUCCAAAACUUGGAGGAGAUUUGGAUGUUAAAGCUCCAAAGAUCAAAGGAGACAUAACAGCACCUGAUGUGGACAUUGGCGGGGCUGAGCUGGACAUUGAAGGGCCAAAGGGAGGUUUUAACAUGCCAAAAUUCAAAAUGCCCAGUUUUGGCAGUAAGGGUCACAAAUUGGAAGGCCCAGAUGUUGAUAUUAACCUGCCCUCUACAGACAUUGAAGUAAAAGCACCAGAUGUUGACAUCAAUGUGCCAGACGUUGACAUUAAAGGUCCAGAUGCAAAAUUCAAAGGGCCUAAAUUUAACAUGCCAAAAAUGCCAGGACUAAAUGUCUCCAUGCCAGAUGUGGAUUUCAACUUGAAAGGUCCAAAGCUCAAAGGAGACAUAGAUGCAUCCUUGCCAAAGAUUGAGGGAGAGGUCAAAACCCCAGACCUUGAUGUCAAAGGUCCAGAAGUGGACAUUGACGUGACAAAGCCUGGAUUUGAAAUGCCGAAAGUAAAAAUGCCAUCACUUAACAUCAAAGGGCCAAAAAUGGAAAAGCCAGACAUUGACAUUAAACUAAAAGGUCCAAAGGUCGGAGGAGAUUUGGAUGUUAAAGCCCCAAAGAUUGAAGGAGACAUAAAAGCACCUGAUGUGGACAUUGAUGGGGCUGAGCUGGACAUUGAAGGGCCAAAGGGAGGUUUUAAAAUGCCAAAAUUCAAAAUGCCCACUUUUGGGGGUAAAGGUCACAAAUUGGAAGGCCCAGAUGUUGAUGUUAACCUGCCCUCUACAGACAUUGAAGUAAAAGCACCAGAUGUUGACAUCAAUGCGCCAGAUGUUGACAUCAAAGGUCCAGAUGCAAAAUUCAAAGGGCCUAAAUUUAACAUGCCAAAAAUGGCAGGACUAAAUGUCUCCAUGCCAGAUGUGGAUUUCAACUUGAAAGGUCCAAAGCUCAAAGGAGACAUAGAUGCAUCCUUGCCAAAGAUUGAGGGAGAGGUCAAAACCCCAGACCUUGAUGUCAAAGGUCCAGAAGUGGACAUUGACGUGACAAAGCCUGGAUUUGAAAUGCCUAAAGUAAAAAUGCCAUCACUUAACAUCAAGGGGCCAAAAAUGGAAAAGCCAGACGUUGACAUAAAACUAAAAGGUCCAAAACUUGGAGGAGAUUUGGAUGUUAAAGCUCCAAAGAUCAAAGGAGACAUAACAGCACCUGAUGUGGACAUUGGAGGUGUUGAGCUGGACAUUGAAGGGCCAAAGGGACCUGGAUUUGAAAUGCCUAAAGUAAAACUGCCAACAGUCAAUUUUAAAGGUUCUAAAUUUGAAAAACCAGAUGCUGACAUAAAACCAAAAGGCCUAAAAUCUGGUGGAGAUUUGGAUGAUAAAGCUCUAAAAAUUAAAGGAGAUAUAAAAGCACCAGAAGUAUCUGGUAUCGAUAUCUCCUUGACAGCGCCAGACCCCAAAAUUAAGACCCCUGUGGUAAGUGUGGGAGCAAAAGGGUCUACAACAGAAGUUAAUUUUCAACAAUCUGAAGACAGUGUUGAUACCCUUGACACAGAUGUAAAUGUUAAAGGGAAAAAGGGAAAGUUUAAACUUGGUAAAGGAAAAGGAAAGUGGAAGAAAGCAGAAGCUGAUACAAAGCUACCAGCAGCUGACCUUGGUGGUGGCACCACACAUAGUCUUGUCAAAGAAACAAAGACUAAGAAACAUUUGUUUGGCAAGAUUCACUUCCCAGAUGUUGAGUUAGACAUUAAAUCACCAAAAAUGAAAGGUGAGGGAACUUUAGCUGAAGGUGUUAAAUCAUCGAAAACUGAUUUGGUGUCUCCUGGCUUGAGCACUGCUUUUGAUGGCUCUGGAACUGUUGAUGCAAAUGUUUGUUUGGAAGGGUCAGAUGUGAAAGUAAGUACUUCAGAUGUCAAAAUGACAAACAAAGGUGGUUUAGAAGCAAGUGCGUCAGGUGGUGGGCUUCGCUAUCCUGAGGGGAAAUUAACAUUUUCCAAAAUCAGGAUGCCAAAGUUUGGUAUUUUAAAGACCAAUUCUGAAGGCCAGGAUAGUGACCAUAAAGUUAAAUCUGAAGUUUUAUCCAGUGGGGACAAAAACACACAUUCCCAAUCUGCUAGUCCAAAACAAAGUCAUAGUGAAGGAAAAAUAAAGGUAAAGAAGCCAAAUUUUUUUGGCAAAUCAAAAGCAAAAGGAAGUACAGGUGAUCUUCAUGGCACAGAUAUAGAAUCAGGAGCAAGUGGACAAAUGUAUAAGGGUUCCACGGAGCUAUGUGCACCUUCUUAUGAUAGUGGAAAGUUUGAAAUGGAAGGUACAAGUGGACUCAGUGUGUCAACUAAAAGCAAGUCUGCCUCUAUGGAUUUACUUAAAAAGCCAAGACAUCGGUCUUCGUCCCAUAGCGAUGAAGAGUCACCUGCAACUAGUUCUCCUUCAGUUCCCUUAGAAGCUGAAGCUUGUGAUGUUUCCCUUGACCUAGGAGUAAACAAGGUUAAAGGAAAGAAAAGCAAAUUAAAGUUUGGUACCUUUGGAGGUUUUGGUUCAAAGUCAAAGGGCUCAUAUGAAGUAACACUUGGAGGAGAAAAUGAGACAGGGAUGGAGGGAAGCUCAAGUGUCUCUACACCCUCAAAAAAAUCAAGACUGUCCUCAUCCUCAAGUAGUGACAGUGGUUCAAGAGCAGGCUUUAAAUUCCCAAAACUUGAGCUAUCUGUUUCACCAAAAAAGUGAUUCAGUCAAAUGUUUUACACUUAAAUACAUUCUCCCACAAGUGUGAAUCCUUUAGUUUAGGUUUUUUGAAAACCUCAGAUAACAUGCACAAAAUGUUUUUUUUUUAAUUAUUAUUAGACUGGAGAACAUAUGAUUGUCAAAUUGUUUAUAAUCCCUUCAACCUGUAAAUAAGAUUAAUUUGUAUUUUAUUGAUAUUGAAGAUUUCUGUAAAUAUUCCAGAUGUAUUGAAAAAAUGCCAUCCUGUCAAAUGAUCACCAAAUAUAUGGUGCAGGGUUUGUUCCUGCUUCCUGUCCCAUCUUAUAAAAAAAUAACUUUUGUUUUAGACUAAAAAGUGGGAUAUGUUUGUUUUCAAGGGUUUACUAAACAGAACAUAUAUAUGGAAUUGUUAGUUUGAAGGAAAAUGUUCUUUAUGCAUUCAAACACAUUUUAAAAACAAUUUUUAAUGUACGGAGUUAUUUUAGCAUUCAAAUAAUAUAUCCAAUGCAAAAGUAUAAUUUCACAACACAGAGCUGGUCCUUUUAAAACACAUUCUGAAGAGUAAAUAUUUUGUACAUAAAAUAAAUGCAUUAUAAUCCCAGUUUAGCUGCUUUUUAUGAGCUAAGUGAUUUUUGGUGUUGAUUCAAAAGAUUAUGUACUUUCUGAGUGUCAAUGCUAGUCACAAAAACUAAAAAUUAGCCUUGUUCUUGUAAGGAGAUUUUUUUUGCUGUCUCUUUGGAAUUUUCUGAUGCCCUGUAUUUUAUUUUAUUUUUUUAAAUGCUGUUCAAGUACACUCCUGUUACUUAUAAAUAAACAUGCCUCAAAAACAAAUGCAUUUUGAUGUGAUUUGCAGACAAGUUGAUGGAAAGUUGGACAUUAAAGAUUUGAUUCAAUACAAUGUAAAUCAUGAUUUUUCUUGGUUUAUUCUUUUGUGUGAAUUUUGCUAAACAUACUAAAUAAACAGAUUUAUACAAGUGUA